GGAUCGGAGUUGUUGUCGGUCGGGUGGGACCCUCAUGUCACCGAUCCAAUUGUCAUGAAAUCAACCGGCUUCCGCUUAGACACAGGAGACCGCGUAUCCUGAGGUUAUCCUAUCUUCGACAAGGGUGAUCUCUUUCUAUGUGCAGUAUGAUGGGCCAUAAGACCGAAAAAGGCGGAACUUUCUAAGACGACGUGAAUAAACACGCUAGGUGCCGGUGUUGAUAUGGCCUUGCGAGAUCUUUACGGCUUUGAACCGAAAGAUUAGAAACGGAGGCUAGAUGUAACGGCACCUUUCUUAUUGGGCCAAGCCUUUGAUAGGAUAGCUUCAUCAAAUAGAAGGAAUACCCUCUUCGUAUGCGGGGAAGUGGGGACAGCUUCUAAUCUAGGAACAACUCUCUUCAAGUCAACUCACUAAGAGAACCCGAGUGAAACUUAUGCUAAGAAUGUGUUGGGAGGAUUGCGAAUAGACGAGCGGCUCACUGAGCUUUAGUGCCCAUCAAGAUUUAAUCGCCAGUUGCGCGACGUUAAUCUUCCGUAUUGGCUUAGGAGUAUAUAACGAUAAACUCACUCGAGGCCACGGCAAUGGCGUACCGUCCCGUUAUCGCUAUUGCUGGCCUAGCCUGCGAGACUUCGACUUUCACGCCAUCAAGAACGCUCGCGCCAGCGUUUCACCCUCAGCGUGAUGGGGAUAUCGUAAAAAGGUACCCCUUUAUCCAGUCCGGGACACCUUUAGGCGAUGCUGCAGAGUGGCGUGGCGCGCUAAUUGGCCACGCUUUACCAGGCGGUAUGGUGACCAGAGACGCCUUCGAAUCUCUCUCCGCCGAGAUCGUUAGUCGACUUACUCAGAUAACUGCUUCUACGAAGGUCGACGGGUUCUGGUUUGACAUACACGGUGCUAUGUGCGUCGAGGAGCUUGACGAUGCGGAGUACGAGCUUCUGAAGCGCAUCCGCGCGGUCAUCGGACCGGAUGUUUUGGUGUCGGCCUCGAUGGACCUGCACGGCAACGUCUCGCGCGAACUAGCGCAUCGGACAGAUCUAAUCACUUGUUACCGCACGGCACCUCACGUGGAUGUUGCCGAGACAAAAGAGCGCGCUUGUCGAAACCUGCUUCAGUUGCUUCGACGGCAGGCGGCUGGCGAGACCGUGCGACCGUUUAAGGCUUGGGUGCCGAUUCCAAUUCUUCUACCAGGUGAGCAGACUUCGACGAGGGAUGAACCAGCUGCGCACAUUUACGCCGCUGUCCCCAAAGUCGAAGCUAUGGAAGGCGUUCUAGAUGCGGCGAUCUGGGUUGGCUAUGCCUGGGCCGACGAACCUAGGAAUCGGGCCGUGGUCGUCGUCACCGGCUGGGAUAAGCAGGCCGUAACCACAGGCGCAGAGAAAUUGGCGCAUUUAUUCUGGGAUUCGCACGAGGACUUCACUUUUGUCGCUCCCACAGGAUCAUUCAAGGAAUGUCUGGAUACCGCAUUAGCAUCUGAAAAGCGCCCGUAUUUCAUCUCGGACUCUGGCGAUAACCCCACUGCGGGCGGUUCUGGAGAUGUCACCUGGGGCUUAACGCAGCUACUUGCGCGUCCGGAGUUCAAGUCUGAAUCAGGCCCGAAGGUCAUCUACGCCAGCGUACCAGGACCUGAUGCGGUCCAAAAAGCAGUCGACGCGGGCAUCGGAGCAAUAGUGACAGUGACAGCCGGUGCAGAAGUAGAUAACAUCCACGCUGGACCGAUAACCAUGACAGGCCGGGUGCACUCAAUAAAGCAUGGAGACAGACACGCAGAGACCGAAGUGGUUCUGCAAGUGGGCAGCGUCUUCGCGAUCUUGACGAAACUGCGCAAGCCGUACCACCACGAGAGCGACUUCACAGAACUUGAUCUUAAGCCUCGUUCUACAGAUAUUGUCAUCGUGAAGAUCGGCUAUCUAGAACCGGAGCUGUACGAUAUGGCCAAGGACUGGAUGCUGGGUCUUACGCCUGGUGGCGUCGACCAAGACCUCGAAAGAUUGGGACACAAACGGAUUUUACGUCCAAUGUGGCCGUUCGACCGUUCAUUUAAAGAACCAGAUCUUUCUGCGAGAUUGAUUUCCAUGUCUAAUGAGCCAAUAUAGACCAAUAUGACUAUCAACCGUGACGUAAGAUGCAUGAUGAAAUGUUACCGAUUUUGAGUUGUUCAUCUUCUACGUAAAAUUACUUAGAAUUUACAAGAUCAGGAAGUACAGCACAAGUAUCACGUAUUUAGUGGCUGGUCAGUUAGCGUACUAGCUUUGAUGU